AUCCGGCACGUACACGGGCAGGUUUUUCUUGCCCGCGCACUGGCCGACGCGCGUCACGAAAAGCUUCUUGCGCCCGACCGAGCCAACCGGACUGCCCACCGGUUUCAAUAUGGAGAAAAUGUCCUGCGCUCCAUCGAGGGGGGUAAGGAUGGUGGUAACAAACAGCAGGACCACUAAACAGGUGCGUCUAACCAUGACGCUAACGGUGACACGAAUGGAGCCAACAGAUCGGUGAUCGGUGGCCUUGUUCUGUAAAGUACUCUAUUACCCUGCCCUGCUUAAUUAACCAGAGUAGCUUGAUUUUGAUCACACUAACGAGCGCCGAAAUUGAGCUAUACAAAAAGCAACAUAUCGCUUUUAUGUGCGGCUCAUUACCGUGAUUAUGUUGCGCCUGCGCACUUCGCUACUGUGCGCGCUGGUGGUGGCACUGAACGGCAUACGACCGGGUGAGCCAUACUUCUACAACGGCAUCAAGUCCGGUCUCGAGCCGGACCUAAAGCACUCGCUGUUUCUCGACCGUGUCGGCCAGUGUCGUUGGCAGCAUGAUCUACCCAUUUUCCUGUCCGACAUGCGAAUCGCGCAACAGAACAACACGCACUACGUGAUCAGUGGUGUGCUGCGAGUGCGGCGCAAUAUUACGGACGCUACGACGGGGACCGUUUCGAUCGAGAUCUGCCAAAAUGCGACCCAGUGCCGUCCGUUUAUCGACCGACCGGUGGCCAUUGGGGAUGUUUGUCAGUUUUUAGCCGAAAAGCGCCCCAGUUCGCUGGGGGAAGUGCUGGGACACAGUGUACCACCGCUACGUUGUCCCCUUACCAAGGGUGUGUACAGGAUCAAUGACGCACUGGUGGAUUACAAACCGUUCCGGUACUUUUCACCGAAUGUUAGUAAACUUUGGCGCAUCGAUUUGGUUGCUGAGAGUGGCCAGAAGCGGGUGUUCUGUGUGAGAAUCGAACUGUACGUCUACAGCUGGGAGGAUAUGCUGCCAAGGUACUGAAGUGUGGCACUUUACUGCAAAUUUCGAGUGAAAUUGUGCAACCCUUUUCUAAAUGAUAUAAUAGUAAUGUAAAAUAUAAUAAUGAAUAAAUUU